AUGGCUUCCGAUAAGAUGGCCGUCGUGCGACACUCAACUGAUCCCUCCUCCGUUUCCACCCUACGAGAUCAUGUAACCCAUGGUUCCAUAACCCCGCUUUCCGGCAAUGAAGACGAUCUCUUGAGCGAAACAGCGACCAAAGUGCUUUCGGAGGAUCAAGCAACUUGGGGCAAGGAAGCUUAUGAUACUUGGGGCGGAACAAUUGGCAAGAAGACUUACGAUGCCUGGAACGUUCCGAUGGGGUUUCCCUGGGAGGCUCUACCCUACGAGCUACGAGAGAAGAUGUUCGAAGACGUUACAAGUCCCCACUUCUCAUCUUGGAAGAAUUUGGACUUCCAAAGAACACACUUAAUCGUAGAGCUCCGCGAGCUACAUCCACUAGUGGUCGCCAUGAGAGGCUUUCAGCUUACAGGCAUGAACAAGCUUGAGUUAGCAGGAGUCCGGAAGCUGUACUUAAACAUUGGAGAAAUUGAGACGACGCUCCCAUAUGCCCAAUUCCCUCAACCUCAUUGGGCUCAAUUGUUUACGGGCUUCAGAAAGCCAAAGUGGUUCACAGAUUACUUCCUUCUCAAUGUAGCCAAUGUUCAAGAAGUUACUAUCGUGUCCUACAGAUAUCAUCCUUCAGUAUCAUUCAUCUCCGAGUUCCCGUUCUGGUUACAGGGAUUCAAGAACCUCAAACUUCUUGAGGUGUGGAUUCCAACCAAGACUGGCAUAAUCUCAGCCAAGCGACGCAAGGGAUUGAUGCGAGGAUUGAAGAAGAGAGUCUUGCGAAAGAUGGGAGUCGAAGGGGUUGCAAGCGAGAGUGAGCACGUCGGAUUACAACCUUGGACAUGGGAGGCUAGUGAAGGUCAAAGUAUGGAUUGGUCUCAAGAGAUUGGUUGGCCCUGGAACCUACCGUAUCGUCAAACUCACCGAAACAAGAAGCGCACCUCAAAGGUUUGUUAUGAGCUAAGUAUGAAUGGUGGCGGCUUCAUUCUGAAGAGCGUAGAGUCUGAUGAAUCCCACGAACAUUCGAAUUGUCCAUUUCCGUAUUGGGGCUAGGAAAAGAGGAGCGGGAGUUAUCGCUUGGUCUCAUUGAGAUUGCUAAGAACUAUCUGGGACGUGGACUUUAUCACGUAAGAUCUUACGUGUUGAUUUCUUUGCCUGAUGGUUGCAAAGUCAGAUAAAGAGAGGAUGAAGGAGUGUUGGAGUUUGUAAGACCAUAAAGAUGUACGUGGG